AACCCACCUCCACUGCCAAAUUCGCGUCCGCCACUAUCGCCGCUGCCUAACCAGGCUACAAUCAGACAGCCGCGCUAGCUUCUGGCUACGACACGGCACGACGCGACGCGAGGCUCUCGAGAGCGCCAGGGAGAUCGUCGUCUGCUGCGGCUAGGGAGGCGUCGGUGGUGGUCUGCUUCAUGGGCUCCGCCAUGGACCACGUCGGCGCGGCUGGCGGGAGGGCCAAGAAGGCGUCCGGCGGCUCGCAGCUGUGGAAGAAGGCGCUACUGCAUUCCAGCCUCUGCUUCGUCAUGGGCUUCUUCACGGGCUUCGCGCCCUCGUCCGUCUCCGACUGGCGGUCCGUGUCGCCCGCCGGGGUGGGGAGCAGCCACAUAGUGAAGACGCCGCAAGUGAUCGCGUCGGGCGCAGCCAUGGACCGGAGCCUGUUGGCGCGGGAUGCGGCCGCAAGAAUCGGGGGCGUCCCGCGGCCUCUCCUGGUGGUCGUGACGACCACCGAGUCGACGCCUACGGCGGCCGGCGAGCGGGCGGCGAUGCUAACCAGGAUGGCCCACACCCUGCGGCUCGUGCCGCCGCCGCUGCUGUGGCUGGUGGUGGAGGCCGCCCCCGACGUGCCGGCGACGGCGAAGCUGCUGCGCGACACGGGGAUCCUCUACCGCCACCUGACGUACAAGGAGAACUUCACGGCCGCCGAGGUCGCCGCGGGCAAGGAGCGCCACCACCAGCGCAACACCGCGCUGGAGCACAUCGAGCGGCACCGCCUCGCCGCCAUCGUCCACUUCGCCGGCCUCGGCGACGUGUACGAGCUGCGCUUUUUCGACCAGCUCCGGCAGAUCAGUACAUUCGGUGCGUGGCCGGUGGCGAGGAUGUCGCGGAACGAGCGGAAGGUGGUCAUCCAGGGCCCUGCGUGCAGCUCGUCCAAGGUCCUCGGCUGGUUCUCCAGGGACCUGAUGAGCAACGGCACCGCCGGCACGGGCGGCGGCACGGCGGCGACGUCGCCCGAGAUCGACGUCCACGGCUUCGCCUUCAACAGCUCCGUGCUCUGGGACCCCGAGCGCUGGGGCCGCUACCCGACCUCCGAGCCCGACAAGUCCCAGGACUCGAUGAGGUUUGUGCAGCAAGUGGUGUCGGAGGAUUAUAGCAAGGUGAAGGGCAUCCCUCCAGAUUGUCUGGAGAUCAUGGUAUGGGGCGUCGACACAACGCCGCCGACCCCCACUUCCUCGCAACAAACUCCGGGGAAUAAGAGGAGGUAGAAGGGAGAGUUGUAGAGGAGAUCAUCGGAUCCAAGAGCCGGACAAGCUGCUGCCUAUACUGUACAUGCAAGGAUCGCACCAGUAAGGUGUUGAUGCUCCUAGUAGCUGCAAACAUAAGAACUUUUUUGGUUUUCGUUAUAGGGGACGGGUCGGCAAGUAUCCUCCCGGGCAAUAUCGUCGUGUUGUACAUCGUACUCACCUUUUCUUUUCUCUUCAACAAAUUGUGAUAUAUGCAUACUUUCUUUUCUCUUCUUUUCUCUUCUUUUCUUUUCACUUAUUUUCUUUUGUUUUUGUUUCAAGAGGUUUAGGUGAUUACAUGACACCCCUUGAACUGUCUCUAAAGAAUGAAUGAACAAAAGGCAGGUACAAGCUGAAGAUA